GCUGCCUGACUCGCCCACUUCCCUGAUGUGUCUUGAAUGAGUUGUUCUUGUGUCGUGCCCACCUGGCAGAACAGGUGCCCACCAACAUUGUGUGUUUAAGGGAUGUUUCACCACCACACUGCAUCCCCGUGCGGACGGGGCUGGGUAACCCACAGAACCAGGAAGCACCAGGGCCGACGCUGCAGGGGCCAGGAGGAAGACCCCGCCACACUCUCACUACAGUUCUCAUGUCCUGAGUGUGGAGACUCGAGACCGGCUCUGAUGGCAAGAGACAGGCUGAAACUCAGGAAAUCCUCAACAAGAGCCAAAAAAAAAGAAAGAAAAGAAACUGUGUCCAGUGAUGUGAGGAUGGCAGCUCACACUGACUCACGAGGGCCAACUGUGCACAUUUCUGCUGGCACUGAGUUCAGUGAUGGCACCUUGGUAGGGGAAACUGGCAAGAGUGGACAAAUGAUGGACAAAUGUCAAAGCCCACCAUACAAGUGGAUGGAUUCCAUGGAGCAGCUGCAUGGUGAAGCCUCCUGCUCACGACGCCUCCAUCCUGCCUCAGACCUGGAGUCAACGGUCUUCCUGCAGGAAAGAAGGCAAAGGGUGGGCGAUGGGGAAAGACAGAGCCUCUGUCACCCAGGAUGGAGCCCAGGCUGGAGUACAGUGGCCCUAUCUGGGCUCACUGCAACCUCUGCUUCCUGGGUUCAAGCGAGUCUCCUGCCUCAGCCUCCUGAGUAGCUGGAAUCACAGGCACCUGCCACCACCACAGCUGAUUUGUGUAUUGUUAGUUAAGACAGAGUCGCGCCAUGUUGGCCAGGCUGGUCUCAAACCCCUGACCUCAUAUGAUCCACCUGUUUCGGCCUCCCAAAGUGCUGGGAUUACAGGUAUGAGCCACUGCAUCCAGCCUUUUUCUGUACACUUUUAAAGAUGAUUGAAACAUUUAAAAUAAUUGUGUCUAAUGGACAGAUAUAACAGUGGAUUUAAAUAAUGUUUUAGAGAGUCGAAUGGGACAAAUUUGUAC